AUGGUGGUAAAAACAACUCAACAUAAAAACCAAGAUAUUGCAAAUGUGAAAGGGGUUGCAGCAGAUCUCAGCCACUGCAAUACCCCCUCGCAGGUUUUGGAUUUCACUGGGCCAUCUGAACUGGCCAACUCUUUGAAAGGUGUUGAUGUGGUUGUCAUCCUUGAAGGAGUUCCGACAAAGCCAGGCAUGACCUGCGAUGAUCUCUUCAACACCAAUGCGAACAUUGUCAGGAAUUUGGUUGAGGCUGUUGCCGAUAACUGCCUAGAUGCUUUCAUCCACAUCAUCAGCAACCCAGUCAAUUCUACUGUCCCAAUUGCUGCAGAGGUUCUCAAGCAGAAGGGCGUGUACAAUCCAAAGAAGCUUUUUGGUGUUACAACUUUGGAUGUUCUCAGAGCAAACACAUUUGUUGCACAGAAGAAGAAUAUGAAGCUCAUUGAUGUUGAUGUCCCAGUUGUUGGAGGGCAUGUUGGAUUGAUCCGAGUUGGAUUCAAGCUGGAUUCGAUCCGAGAAUUUAGACUUUUAUCCCACAUGUUCAAACAGUCAAACAAAUGGAAGUUAGCCUGA